AUGACUGGGCAGAAAUAUGGCUUAUGCGGGAAUGUCCAUUUUUUGCGUUACUUGAAUAGUCUUUGUCAUGAUGAUUAUUUUGCUGCUUUGGAGAAUCUUCAUCGCUAUUUUGAUUACAGUGCAGGGACAGAAGGAAUUGAUAUCGUUCCUCCUGCAUCUGGUUGCAAUAAUUUUGGACGAUAUGAAAUUGCUUUAUUAUUUCUAGGGAUGAUGCAUUUCCGGUUUGGGCAUCCAAAGCAAGCUUUGGAGGUUUUGACUGAAGCAGUUUGUGUUUCUCAACAGCAAAGCAAUGAUACUUGCCUUGCAUUCACUUUAGCAGCUGUCUGCAACAUGUUGUCUGAAAUUGGUGUCUCAAGUACAGCUGGGAUACUUGGAUCAUCAUUCUCACCUUUGACCAGUAUUGGUAUUUCACUCUCUGUCCAGCAACAAUUGUUUGUCCUUCUCAGAGGGUCUCUGAAGAGAGCAGAAAGUCUAAAGUUGAAACGCUUGGUGACUUCUAAUCAUCUUGCAAAGGCUAAAUUUGAUUUGACACAUGUGCAAAGACCUCUACUAUCAUUUGGUCCCAAAGCUUCCAUGAAGCUCAAAACAUGCCCAAUCAAUGUUUGCAAGGAGUUGAGGUUAAGCUCUCAUUUGAUUAGUGAAUUUAGCUCAGAAAGUUCUACAAUGACAACGGAUGGUGCUUUUAGUUCUGUCUGGCUUAAAAAUUUACAAAAUCCAUUGGGUUCAGUUGUAUUGUCGCAAGAGAAUGGAUCUGGAAGCAAUACCAAUGCUUUCCAGUUUUAUGCACAGCCAAGUUCCAUUCCUGGAUCGGUACUGCAAUUAAUAGGUUCUUCAUACUUACUCCGAGCCACUGCAUGGGAGAUGUAUGGCAGUGCUCCUCUUGCUCGAAUAAAUGCGCUGAUUUAUGCAACUUGCUUUACUGAUGCUUUGAGUUCAUCUGAUUCUGCUCUAGCAUAUGUGAAGCUUAUCCAACAUUUAGCAGUUUUUAGAGGAUACAAAGAGGCUUUUGCUGCUAUUAAAAUAGCAGAGGAGAAGUUUUUAUCCGUAUCAAAAUCACGAAUCUUGCUACUAAAAUUGCAGUUGCUCCAUGAGCAUAAUUUACAUCUAGGAAAUUUGAAGCUGGCACAAAAAGUAUGCGAUGAACUUGGAGUUCUGGCUUCAUCAGUCACUGGUGUGGACAUGGAGCUGAAGACAGAAGCAAGCCUUCGCCAUGCUCGUACAUUGCUUGCUGCCAACCAGUUCAGUGAGGCUGCCGCAGUAGCACACUCCCUCUUUUGCAUGUGUUACAAAUUCAAUCUGCAGGUUGAGAAUGCUACUGUUCUUCUUUUGCUCGCCGAAAUCCAUAAGCGAUCGGGAAAUGCUGUUCUAGGUCUGCCAUAUGCACUGGCAAGUCUCUCAUUUUGCCAGUCAUUUAACUUGGAUCUUCUCAGAGCAUCAGCCACUCUCACUCUGGCAGAGUUGUGGCUCUCACUUGGAUCAAACCAUGCGAAAAGAGCUUUAAGCCUUAUACAUGGGGCUUUCCCUAUGAUUCUUGGUCAUGGAGGUUUGGAGCUUUGUGCUCGGGCCUACAUCGCAGAAGCAAAGUGUUACCUGUCUGAUCCAAGCUUUUCAGUUUUUGAGAAUCCUGAGGUCGUACUCGAUCCUUUGAGACAAGCUUCUAUUGAACUUCAAGUGCUGGAGUAUCACGAAAUGGCGGCCGAGGCUUUCUAUUUGAUGGCCAUUGUAUUUCACAAACUGGGACAAUUUGAGGAAAGGGAAGAAGCCGCAGCUUCAUUCCAGAAACACAUGAUGGCUCUGGAGAAUCCUCAACAGGAGCAACGUCUUCUCUUCAACAUCUGAUGAAGGAAGACAACGUCAGUUUUUUUAAAUCAUUCCUGUUCAUUAUUCGUGUAUAAAACUAUGACUACACACCGUAAUUGGUUGAGAAAGUAUUUAUGUACCUAAAUCUGCUCGCACUUAUUUUCCAAAGUAUU